AUGGCAAAUUCUUCGAAGAUAAGAGCGGAAGCGCAACCGUUCACUCCGACGGCGUCCAACGCGCCAGUCGCUGCGAGCAACAAUCAUGUCGCGAACAAACGGACCGAUCCCCCCGCGGACACAGUUCCUUCGAAUGUCCUCUUGGCAACAGCAUGGGUUGACAUUCAUACGACCGAAGGCCGAAGCUUUAAAACGUUGCGUACAAAGCGACAACGCUCAAAUUUGCAAGUUACGUGUUUCGGCGAGAAAUUUACAGGCGUCGCGAGAUCUCGCGUCGUGCUGACAUUAAAGCCGUGUUCCAGUGCGGAACCGGCCUUUCCGCUGCACGCCUACGUGUUUCAAAAUAUCACUUCGUACGCCGCGUCACGGACUCAGCCCGUCGAGUCGUGGCCUCACUUGCAAGGCAUCUCAUUUGCCGAUCCCGAUUCUUCAAGUCGACAUCGGAUUCACUUACUAAUCGGUGCCGACUUGUACGGUUCCUUGUUGAAAAAUGGCCUCCGGCAAGGCCCUAUUGGAAUGCCUACCGCUCAAUUGACAGCGUUAAGCUGGAUUCUCUCCGGCCCCACGGGUCGCGGCCGGAUUGAAUCCGAGAAUAUUUGCGUCUGUCAUAACGUGUCUACGCACGACACGAAUUCGCUUCUCAGGCAAUUUUGGGAGGACGAGGAGGUCUCGCGCCCCCCUCCACUUACCGACGAGGAGGAGCGUUGCGAACAACACUUCCUCGCCACUCAUAGCCGUUCUCCGGAAGGACGGUACAUUGUUCGAUUGCCCUUCCGGCACGAACUACCAAUCGACAUAGGCGACUCACUGCCUAUCGCCACGGUAUUCUACGAGAAAAUGGAAAGGAAGCUGCGUCGGCACGCCGAACUCUCCGCGCAGUAUAAUGACUUUUUGGCGGAAUAUCUCGCCUUGGGACAUAUGAGCGCAAUCGAAAGUCCCAGCGACACCGCUCUUACGCCCGUGUACAUUCCGCAUCAUUCGGUUUUACGCGAAACGAGUAGUACCACGAAGUUACGCGUCGUUUUUAACGCCUCGUGCAAAACGACGAACGGCACGUCGCUUAACGACCAUCUGCUGGUCGGACCGAAGUUACAGCAAGAUCUCCCCGCUAUUCUGCUGCGCUGGCUGCAAUGGCGUUUUGUUAUGAGGCAGAUAUCGCCAAGAUGUUCCGGCAAAUCCUCGUGA